AUGGACACGGAUUCCCUGUUUUCGGACGACAGCCGAUUUGUCCAAGGUGCUUUUGCUGCUCAAAGCAACGACUCGUUGUUUUUGGACAACAAUAUGCCUGGUGCCGUCGCCAACGACUCACUGUUCCCGGACAAUCACGAAGGUGAGAACGACAAAGACGAUUUCUCCGACGAGGUGUCGUACUCAACUCCUUCUGCGCAAGAAGAAGAAGAAAUCUGGGAGCAGGAUCCUCUCGACAUCGUUAUCCCGAAGCAGCAGAUAGAGUUGUUGGAUACCGAUGUCGUCUUCCAGGAAGCCGUAGACGUGGAAGGCGCUGAUCGAUUGGAGAACGGAACGCUUGUUGCCACCGCUCAUCCUGUUGGAAACGAGCCACCACCAGCUUACUCGCCACGACCGCUCAGAGGUCAACGAACUUCCCCUCCUCAAUUUUCGCCUGAAUGCGUCUAUCACUACGAAGACGUUGUUCAAGGCGAGUCUCCACCACCCUUCUCGCCUUGCGUUCGUCGCCAAUUGUUUGUCGAACAUACUUAUUUACAGUAUGUGAGUAAGGGAGGAAGACUUCUUGCAUCCAAGAAGCUUCCGUUUGGCAGCAAGAUUGCCAACUUGUGGCGUUUGCAACUGCACGCCGAUCGAAACGAAUCGACAUACAAUCUCGCCAUGGCUCAUGGUCGUGGCUGGGUUGAACUUGUUGAGGAUAACAUGAGGGCUUCAACACAGGCUUUGAAAGACGGAAGGUUCUGUGUUGGCAUCUUUGGAGAAAGUGGCGUCAGCGUUGCCAUUUGCGGUGGAAAACUCGUCAAGACCGACGAAGAAAUUGAAGAUUAUUUUUCAUUUUAA